AUGUCUACACCCGAGGUACUCCGCCUACCGUCACUUCCUGCGCCACAAGCAGUCGGUCGUACGGGGACGAACAUCGUGUCCGCUUUACCACCGCCUUCCUCGGACCCCGCCUACACCGUACCCUCUCUGUCUUCGAGCACAUCACACCUUCAAGUUCGCACCCAGGCCCUUCAACUCGCGUACGGCCUUCGCCGUGUAGUCAAAUUAGCUCCAGGGGAUGUUGUCGGAAUAUUCAGCUCCAACUGCGCCGAAUACCCGAGUGCAGUCCUGGGCUGCUUCGCCGCACGCACACCCUGCACACUAGCGAAUGCCCUAUUCACACCUCGAGAACUCUCCAUUCAAUUAGCGGACGCACGGGCCAAGGUCCUUAUCGCUGGUCCAGGGCAGUUGGACGUGGCCCGCGAGGCGCUCGUUUCACUGCCAGGCGUCCAACUUUACUCGCUCUCACACGCCGCCGGCUCCCUAGAUCAGUGCAUCUGGGACUUCUGCGUGCCAGGAAAGGAAUUAUGCGAUGAGGCUGUUGAUGACGAUGAAACGGCCCUCCUCUGCUACUCUUCUGGGACGUCUGGUGCGCCCAAGGGCGUCCGCUCUACGCACGCAAACCUGCGCGCGACGCUCUCGCUCACUGUCGCCGCAUCGCCUCGAAGCUUCACAACAGACGAGGUCUGGAUGAGCGUACUCCCGAUGAGUCACAUGUACGGCUUCGGUUACCAUAUCUUGCUCACGGCCUACUUGAAUGUACAUGUCAUUCUUCUGCCUGGCCGCUUCGACCCGCACGCCUUCCUCGAAGCGCUCGAGGCAUACAGAGUGACCGCCGCUCACAUCGUGCCCCCGAUUGCUGUCAGGUUAACGAAGGAUGACCUCCCUCGUGCAUACGACCUAUCAUCUCUCCGCGAAUGGCGCUCCGCCGCAGCGCCUCUUGGAGACAAGCUCGGCACCCUACUCGAACAAAGGUUCGGUGCACCGCUGCACAGUCUAUAUGCGAUGACAGAAACAGCCGCCAUAUGCCUCAUGAGCCGUCAGGGCGAACCUGUUCCGCCGGGGUCUGCGGGCUUGCUUGCACCGGGCGUUGAGGGGAAAAUCGUGGAUGGCGAGCUCUGCGUGCGUGGAUCGAACAUCAUGCCUGGCUAUCUCCGCCGCCCAGACGCCAACGCAGAGGCCUUCGACGAGGAGGGAUAUAUGCGAACAGGCGAUCUCGUCCGCGUCGAGAUGCAUCGAGGUGUCCAAGGCGAGGAAGAAGCCUGGAUAUAUGUCCUGGACAGGAAGAAGGAAGUAGUGAAGUGGAACGGCUUCCAAGUGGCGCCGGCCGAGCUCGAAGACAUCCUCUUGCGGCACCCCGCUGUCGCCGACUGUGCGGUUCUAGGCGUCCCUGAUUAUGCUGUUCGCGAGGAGGAGCGAGGAAGCGAGCAGGUGUUAGCAUGCGUCGUCAUACGCAGCUUCUUGGACGCCCAAAAUGAGAAUGCACCGAUGUUGCACAGGUCGGAAAGCAGCGACACGUUCUCUUCUGCCGGCUCGACAGACUCUAUCUCGAGAGAAAGUGACAGCGAUACCUCAAUCGAGACGCACGAGAUCAGUGCUCCUGCUAAGGUAUCGCCGACGGCAACGGCCGCAGGCGGCGAAGCAUACGCAGCGGCAAACCCGGAUGCGAUGUUGGCACUUGCGAAGGACGAACGCGUGCAGCUCUGUACCGAGCUCCGUACGUUUGUCGACACUCGGGUAGCACCAUUCAAGCGACUACGCGGCGGCGUUCGUAUUGUGGCACGGAUUCCGAAGAGCCCCGCGGGCAAAGUACUUCGCCGAGUACUGAGGGAGGAGAUUGUGAGGGAGCUGAGAGUGGAACAUGGAAUCGAGGCGUGA